GGCGGCAGCGGCUGCGGUGGCGGCAGCCCAGGCGCGCGGGGCGGGGGCGCGGGGCGCGGGGCGCGGCGCUCGGAGGAGUCCGCGCGGGGCCGGAGCCCGAGGAACGCGGGCGGGCGGCGAGCGGGAGCCCGGGGCCCGGCCAUGGCCAAGGCGGGCUGUGCAGGUGGCCCUCCCCCGGGGGGCGGUGCCCCCUGGCACCUUCGAAAUGUCCUCAGCAACUCAGUGGACAGCUCGGACGAUGAAUUCUUCGAUGCUAGAGAGGAGAUGGCUGAUGGGAAGAAUGCCAUUCUUAUUGGGAUGAGCCAGUGGAAUUCCAAUGACCUGGUGGAACAGAUGGAGACUAUGGGGAAAUUGGAAGAACAUCAAGAAGGAACGACACCAUGCACAUCCAGCAUCCUCCAGGAGAAGCAACGGGAGCUAUACCGGGUCUCCUUGAGAAGACAGAGGUUCCCGGCCCAGGGAAGCAUCGAGAUCCAUGAAGACAAUGAGGAAGGCUGCCCACAGCGCUCCUGCAAGACACAUGUCCUCCUGCUGGUGCUGCAUGGGGGGAACAUCCUGGACACAGGCUCGGGGGACCCUUCCUGCAAGGCGGCUGACAUCCACACCUUUAGCUCCGUGCUGGAGAAGGUCAUGCGUGCCCACUUCCCCGCGGCCCUGGGUCACAUCCUCAUCAAGUUUGUCCCCUGCCCAGCCAUCUGCUCUGAGGCUUUCUCCCUGGUCUCUAACCUCAACCCCUACAGCCACGAUGAGGGCUGUCUCAGCAGCAGCCAGGACCACGUCCCUUUGGCCGCCCUGCCCCUGUUGGCCAUCUCCUCCCCGCAGUACCAGGAUGCGGUUGCCACUGUCAUCGAGAGAACCAACCAGGUCUACGCAGAGUUCCUCAAGUCCCCUGAUGGGAUUGGCUUCAGUGGGCAGGUGUGUCUCAUUGGGGACUGUGUGGGGGGCCUCCUGGCCUUCGAUGCCAUCUGCUACAGCGCUGGUCCCUCAGGUGACAGCCCUGGCAGCAGCAGCAGGAAGGGGAGCAUCAGCAGCACCCAGGACACCUCAGUUCUGGUGGAAGAGGAAUGUAGCCUAGCCAGCACCAAGCGUCUCAGCAAAAGCAGCAUCAAUGUCUCCGGUGUAUUAGAGGAUGAAGAGCCCAAGAGGCCGUUGUCACGGAAACAGAGCGACUCUUCCACCUAUGACUGUGAGGCCAUCACCCAGCAUCAUGCCUUCCUAUCAAGCAUCCACUCGAGUGUGUUGAAGGAUGAGGCUGAGUCCCCUACAGCCGGGGGACCGCAGCUCCCGGAGGUCAGCCUGGGUCGUCUGGACUUCGAUGUGUCUGACUUCUUCCUCUUCGGCUCACCCCUGGGGCUGGUCCUGGCCAUGCGCAGGACAGUGCUGCCCGGGUUGGAUGGCCUCCAGGUCCGCCCUGCCUGCAGCCAGGUCUACAGCUUCUUUCACUGCGCAGACCCCUCUGCCUCCAGGCUUGAGCCGCUGCUGGAGCCCAAGUUCCACCUGGUGCCGCCCGUCAGCGUACCUCGCUAUCAGAGGUUCCCCCUUGGCGAUGGACAGUCCCUCCUGCUUGCGGACGCCCUGCACACCCACAGCUCCCUCUUCCUGGAGGACAACUCCCAGGGCAGCCCCCCUCUGCUGGACGCCCCCACAUCGCCCCCUCCAGCCCCCAGGUCCCAGCGCCUGGCACGGAGGAUGAGCCAGGGUAGCUCCCACAGCGACAGCUCUGAGUCAUCAGACAGCCUGGCACCCAUGAGUGCCUCCUGCAUCACCGCCAAGUGGUGGGGCACCAAACGCAUCGACUACGCCCUGUACUGCCCCGAUGUCCUCACAGCCUUCCCCACCGUGGCCCUGCCCCACCUCUUCCACGCCAGCUACUGGGAGUCCACAGAUGUGGUGGCCUUCAUUCUGAGACAGGUGAUGCGCUUUGAAAGCGUGAAUGUCAAGGAGAGUGCUGGCUUGGAUCCUGCGGCACUGAGCCCCACCAAUGCCCGGGAGAAGUGGCUUCGCAAGAGGACCCAGGUCAAGCUGCGGAACGUCACUGCCAACCACCGGGCCAAUGAUGUGAUCGCCGCCGAAGAAGGCCCCCAGGUUCUGGUGGGGCGCUUCAUGUACGGACCCCUGGACAUGGUGGCUCUGACUGGAGAGAAGGUGGACAUCCUGGUGAUGGCUGAGCCGUCCUCGGGCCGCUGGGUGCACCUGGAUACAGAAAUUACCAACAGCAGCGGGAGAAUCACCUACAGUGUGCCGCGGCCCCGGCGCCUGGGGGUGGGUGUCUACCCCGUGAAGAUGGUCGUCAGAGGUGACCAGACGUGUGCCAUGAGCUACCUCACUGUCCUGCCCCGGGGCAUGGAGUGCGUCGUGUUCAGCAUAGACGGGUCCUUCGCAGCCAGCGUGUCUAUCAUGGGAAGCGACCCCAAGGUCCGGCCAGGGGCAGUGGAUGUUGUUCGGCACUGGCAGGACCUGGGCUACAUGAUCCUGUACAUCACGGGGCGCCCGGACAUGCAGAAGCAGCGGGUGGUGUCAUGGCUCUCCCAGCACAACUUCCCACAGGGCAUGAUCUUCUUCUCGGACGGGCUGGUGCACGACCCGCUAAGGCAGAAGGCCAUCUUCCUCCGUAAUCUCAUGCAGGAGUGCUUCAUCAAAAUCAGCGCCGCCUAUGGCUCCAUGAAGGACAUCUCUGUGUACAGUGUGCUGGGCUUACCACCCUCCCAGAUUUUCAUUGUGGGCCGGCCGACUAAGAAAUAUCAAACCCAGUGCCAGUUCCUGAGCGAGGGCUACGCUGUGCACCUGGCGGCCCUGGAGGCCAGCCACCGCUCACGCCCCAAGAAGAACAACUCGCGCAUGAUCCUGCGCAAGGGCAGCUUCGGCCUGCACGCCCAGCCCGAGUUCCUGCGGAAGCGCAACCACCUGCGCAGGACCAUGUCGGUGCAGCAGCCCGACCCGCCCGCCAACCCCAAGCCCGAGCGGGCGCAGAGCCAGCCCGAGUCCGACAAGGACCACGAGCGGCCCGCGCUCAGCUGGGCGCGUGGGCCGCCCAAGUUCGAGUCAGUGCCCUGAAUGGCCGGGCUGUGCACAGAGCAAGGGGAGGGGCCGUACCAGGCUGCCUGUGGGUGCCCGAGGGGCUGCCUUCUCCCCGACACGGGCCUUUACCUGCUUUUUCCCUCCCGUGUCUGUCCAGCAGUGUCCGACCAGAGCGGGGAGGGACCCUGUCUGGCCUUGGGGGGAAUCCCCGGGCUGCUAGGGGGUGAAAUUGCGGGGUCUCUGCACAGCUGCAGCUGCUUCCCCCAAGCCCCCCUACAGGUGCCUGUGACCUCAAGUCGAGGCUGGGCUGGUGUUUGUGUAAUCCUAGGGGGGAGGGCGGCCUGCUGGGAGCUGGAGCUUUUUGACAAAGUCGACCAUCUUUCCAAGUUGCCCAGGCUUCAGUAGAGACGCUAGGCAGGUCCAAAAGGGAGACGUCCCCAGCCACAAGAGGGUGCAGGUUCCCCACUUGAGGGGCAAGUGGCAUUCAUGCCGACCCUCACCAUGACAUCCUGGCUCCUCAUGCUGGGCCUGGCUUUCCAAGGCAAAGGAGCCACUUUCUGAGGAUGUCCUCUGUCCACAGGGUCCCUCCAGGGCCCUGGAGGGGGAGGGCUGGGGUCUGGUGCUGACAUCCUCCUGCAGCUGUCCAUUAUCCCCUGGUCUUGUCCUCUGUAGCCUCACUGUUCUCCUGUGGUCCCAGAGGACAGGCAUUUCUUUUCCCAGAGUCCCACCUGGUGCCCUCCCCUGUGAGGCUGUGGCCGUGGGCUCUGGCCUAGCUGGGCCAGUUGUGGGCCCUGACGCCAGUUGCUUGCCCUCUCUGGGCCUGCUGCCUUGUGUGACUGGAGAGCGUUUUCCCAGCUGAGACUGGAGCACAUUUUUUUUUUUAAUUCCAAGGCUGACCUGCCCGUCACCCCCCAGGCUGUUCAGGCCCAAAAACCCCUCAGAUUACCCCAGGAUCUAUACUUGCUAUGCAGCCUGGGGUGCAGAAAAUAGGGGUGAGGUGGUGAGGAGCUCAUGCCCCACCACUGCAGGUAAAGCCCCUCUGGGAGGGGUUGUGGGUGGAUCCCUGCUCCACAGAGAGGCUUGCUUUGCCCCCACACCCAAACCUGGUAUCCCAAGGGCAGAUGCCCCACACACCCUCAAAAGGUACCAAUCUGAGCCCCUCAUCCCAAACUCUGUUCAUACUGAUUUCCCCCAUUUGACUCCCAGAAAACUUAGAAUUGCAACUCCAGGUUUCUGAGACUUCGUCUAAUUUUGGUUCAAACUGUUGUCCUGUCCUCCCUUCCCUGCCAUUCAGUGUGGUUUGUGCCCAUCACCUCCUUCUGGGUCACCCCUGAAGCUAGCAGAUCUUGGCUUUCCUGGGAGCUAUCAAAGCCUUCCCAGGCCUUGCUGCUGCUGAGCCCUUGGCCUGGGCAUGGGCCUCCUGCCCCCUGGCCCACACCUGUGGUGUGGGACUGUACGCCAGCCUUUGAGCUCCUGAAGGCUGUCACUGAGGUCAGCCCCUCUUUCAGGCAGGGCUGUGUGUCAGGCCCACCUGCCUUAAGGGGGCCCUGCAGGCAUCUGUGUCUGCCCAGUGUCGCUUCUGCUCAAUGUCUACCUCUCACAGCUCCCAUGCAGCCGGUCCUCUGACAGCGGCUGCUGCUGGGGGCAACUGGCACCCUUAUGAGUCACUUGGAAGACUGGGUGCCCUGCUGGGGCUGGAGGGGGUCUGGGCCCCCAGUCCACACUCAUCUCUCCACUGGAAAUGUGUCCUCUUCAGUCUGCCAGCUCCUGUCACAUCUGCCUGACUCGUCUGCUCUCAGCUCCACUGUCAGUCCCAAAUCUGCACCCAAACCCAGAGCUGCUGGUAUUUCUGGGGGGUGGAGGGCACCCCCAAACACACAGUCUCCUUUCUGGGUCUGCCUCCAGGAAGUUCAUGCUCUCUUUGACCAUUUCAGCAUUCUUGGCUCUUCAUAAGGCACUGACUCAUAUGACAUAGCCUCCUGAACCCCAGCCUCACACCCCCACCCCCCCAUUCACAGUAGGCCCUGAGUUAAAACUGGGCAGACUUAGUCUGCUUCUCUGUAACUCGACUGUCUCUUUGCAGAUUACUCUGAAAUGACUAAAUAACCAAUGUGAGAUACUUUCUUCCAGCUAGACUCCCUCUUCAUUCUGAGAACCCCAUGCUAGCUAGGAGCAGAAGGGCCUGGAUCCUGGGGAUUUGGAGUCCACAUGGCUGCACAUCUGGGGGUCUGGAGGUGGGUCCCCGACUGGGGUUCGUCUCCCCCCUCUGAAGUGCCCAUGGUGUACAGUGAGCCUUUGUGAACCUUUUGCCCUCGGAGCUUUAGUUGGCAUACGUGAGUACUUACGUGUGGUUCUGUAUAGUGAACAGACCCUUAAACUUAUCUUCCAGUACUGCUUUUACAGCACCCCUGUAACCAGUAUGCACUUUCUGUUCUAGUGGUUUUGUUCAGUUCUGUCUGUCCACUUCAGUUGGAUAAAAACAAAGAACCCAGUUGUGUUGUUUUCCGUAGGGGAUGCCUCUGCCUCUCCCUGACUAGUUCUGUGAAUCUCCCUCCUAGUCUGGCUGUUUUCUAGAGAAUUCUUCCAGUUCCUGGCUGUGCCUGCUCCUCAGGACCUGGGAACAGAUCUUCCUGCCUGACCAAAGCUCCUUGUUCUCACGUGGCAUGUUUGUUCUUCCCACUUGGUGGCUGUCCUGAAUGAGGACCCCUUGUUGCCUUCCUCUGCCACUCCCCAGCUGGGGGUCCAGGGUGCAUCCAUAGUUAGGGCUGGCUCUUCUGCCAUCACGUUUUCUCCCCGCCCCCUUAGAGCUCUCAACUCUUAACAUAAACUCCACAAAUUAGAAAAAAGAAAGAACGAAAGAAAAAUCUUAUCAUGUAUUUGGAUGACUCACCCUUCUAUCUGGGUGCUGGGCUGCAGAAAACAAAGCUGUCUGAACCCCAGAUUGCUGAGGGCUGAUACUCUGAGAGGAGCCUGGAGCUCAUGGUUUUGAAACUGCAUUCCUCCUCCUACUCGGGGGUCCAUGCCCACACUCUGCCAACAAAACAUAGCUUCUCGAGUUUCUCCGUGAAAGCUGAACCCUCAGGUAGGUGAGGGCCCCAGAUGUGGCGCCGAUUCUGCAUGGAUGCCAUCCCACCCAACCCAGGUUGUAGCCCCAGCAGGUUGGGGCUCCCUGGCGGCAAAGGGGGCGUCCCAGCUGACCCCCGCCUUAAACAACUUAGCAGCUUUCGAGCCAAAUCCUUUGGCUCAGCCCCUUCUGCUUCCAGGCUUGGGGGAACUUUGCUAAAUUUCACAGUUCAGUCUAAGCAGCACAGCCUGGCCUGAGCCCUAUUCUCUUUGCUGAGAAGCCAACAGGGUGUUUGAGAGGAAAAAUCAUUUUAGCAGAGAAGCACAUGGCACCAAGGAGAGGCAGGAGUGGAGGGUGGCUCGCUCAUGGGGAUACCCACCCUGGGACCCCACUGUCCUUUUUCUCUUUGUCUACUUGGUGUUGGCAGCCUAUCUGAUCUUGUCUGUGGUCUGACGGUUCCUUAGCGUGUAACUUCCAGUAUUACCUGUGGUGGCUGGCUCUGUGGUGACAAAGAGGUUUAUUCUACUCCUCAUGGCUGCCUUGUACAAAAUCCGUUAGAAAAGGGGAAAAAAAGAAAAAUAACCAGAUUUCUAACAAGACAAAAACAGCGUUAUGGAGUUAAAAAAUGAUUUUUACCACUGGUUUUGAUUUUGAUGUGAGCUGGUUUUUAACUCAAAUGUUGUCACUUAAAUAAAGACCUUAUUUGCCUUUGAAA